UCGUGUGCCAUUGCAUGUGCGUGUAUAUAUACCUCCUCUCUGUCAAACACAUCUACCCACUUACAUUCUCUCUUAUCUCCCAAAAAUUGCAAUGGCCACCUAUACAGCUCCGCCGCCGCCGGAGUUGUUAGAUUUGGACAACCUGCAAGCCAUAAAAUUACUGGGCAAAGGUGCUAUGGGCACGGUAUUCCUCGUCCAUCACAAGUCAAAUGACCCCUUGGCCCGCUGCCCCUUCGCCCUCAAGGUGGUGGAGAAAUCUUCUCUCCGCCACACUUACGGCCGCGCCGGCCACGAAAUCUCCGUCCUCAGCCGCCUCCACAACCACCCUUUUCUUCCGUACCUCUUUGGAUCGUUUGAAAAUCAUGAAAUCAUUUGCUGGGCCAUCCCGUUUUGCCCCGGCGGUGACCUCAACGUGCUACGGUACAGCCAAAACGACCGCGUCUUCUCGCCGGCAGUCAUCCGCUUUUAUUUAGCGGAAAUCAUUUGUGCUUUGGAACAACUCCAUAGACAAGGCAUUGUUUACCGGGACUUGAAGCCGGAAAACAUCCUCGUACAACAAUCUGGCCACGUGAUGUUAACGGAUUUCGACCUGUCGACUGACCUAGCUCCGAGAAAACCAGAUAAUCUGGAAUAUUACACUUCUCCGGAGGAAAAUUCGCCAGCGAAUUUAAAGUACACUCAUCUCGCUGGAAAAUUCACGCGCUUCAUUAUUUCGAAAAGUGGAAAGCAUGCAUUCAACAAUAACAAGACAGGGUUGAAGAAGGUGAAAAGUUCCCGUGUGUCGCCGGUUAGCCGAAAGAAGCCAGAUGAUUUUCCGGCGAAUGAGCGGUCUAAUUCAUUUGUGGGCACGGAGGAAUACGUCGCUCCGGAGAUUAUACGCGGCGCCGGCCAUGAGUUCGCCGUUGAUUGGUGGGCUCUUGGUGUGCUAGGCUACGAAAUGUUAUAUGGAACGACACCGUUUAAAGGGAAGAACAGAAAAACCACAUUUCAGAAAAUCUUAUUGGGCCAACCGGAAUUCUUUGGCAAGCCCAAUCCAUUAACAGACUUGAUUAGAAAGUUGUUAGAAAAAGAACCCACGCGCCGCCUUGGGUAUCGGAGAGGGGCGUGCGAGAUUAAGGAGCACGAGUUCUUUCGCGGGUUGAAUUGGAAUUUGUUGACGGAAGUUGUACGACCACCAUUUUUGCCAUUAAGAGACGAGACAAGUUUAACGCAAGAGCAAGUUAAACAUGGAACUGAAAUUAAUUUCAAAGAGUACUUUCACAAGUUAAAGCUCGCAUCUUCUCCCACAUGGUCUCCGUCACUUGACGAGUGUCAACAUAAUGUUUCUUUAAUGGAAUUCUAAUGUAAGUCUAAUGAAGUUUUUCCCCUUAAGGAGAUGAUUGUACAUAAUAAUAAUAAUAAGGGCAGGACGAGAAAAACGGCGGUGAUUAAGAUUAGUGUUAGCUGUUAAUGAUGCAAAUUAUAAUAAAAUGUUUUGUAUUUAGUUAUAUUCAUUGUAAUACGCCUUUGUGGUGGCGCGUGUUAUACAAUUGGCAUUGGCAUGCGAAUAAAGAUGCUUGAAACAUAGGCUGAAAAUUUUGGGAUUAA